AUGGUGCGAAUGAUGAUCAACCUUGCGCCAGCGGUUUUAUACAAACCAUAUGCAAAGUCCAAUACGAUAUUUGGUCUCCUACAAAAAAGAAUUACAGAGGAUCCUAACGUUUUGGCCGCAUCUGACGGGUGCUUUGAGAAGUCUUGUUUUUUUUUUCCUUUUUUGUCGACAAAGAGUAAUGGGAUUUUUCUUUUUCACGGCAAACUUUUGCCGGAUAAUUUCUUGAGAUCUAUCAUAAGAAAUAAUUGCGAUCAAAAAAAUUUCUGCAACAAUGUGAUAUCUAUGAUUUUCGGUACUAAUCGCGAACAGUUUAAUCACACUCUACUGCCCGUCAUCUUCAGUUACUUUCCGGCCGGUGCCUCGAUUAAGACGACGGCGCAUUUCGCUCAGAUAAUUGAAUCGGGCGAGUUUCGUCAAUAUGACUACGGUCGCGCGAAAAAUCUCGUGAUAUACAACUUGGUGGAGCUUCCGGAAUAUGAUCUAGCGAAUAUCACGAUACCAGUUGCUUUGUUCUAUUUCGACGAUGACAAGUUGAUCAGCUCGAUGGAUUUGAAGAGGUUGUCCCAUGUAUUACCCAACGUAAUGGACUUAUAUCAAAUAUCGGAGUCCCAAAUUUAA